AUGGAAGGUAUCUCAAUGGGUUUGAAGAAGUACUGGAGAAGAAGCAUUAGGGGAUACCAAAGAUUACACGUGUCGGAUCGGCGAAAGAAGGAAACGGUUCAACUUGGAGGGUGCCAAAGAAGGUGGAGAUGGCGCAUAAAGAUGGCUCCUAAGAUGAGAAUUCACAAAAUCUCUUCCCCAAAGAAGUUAGUGCUGUGGGUCAGAGACGCCUACGUGAGGAUGAUGCUGGGUAUUGCUAACUCCAUGGGUGCCUUCGCCGUCGGCUACGGCGGAGACGCCGCGUCCACCGCCAAGGGUGGCUUCGAGAGGGCCCCACCGCCAAAGGAGUACGACCAGAGGAUGAUCAUGCAUAUGUACAAGUCCUUGAUUAUGGCACAGGGACAGUUGCUGCCAAGAGAUCCAACACCCAAACAUGCCACAACAACAAUGGUUACCACCUUCUGA